UUCUUACUCUCACUUGUUCAUUUACAUAGUGCCAAAACAUGUCAACAGUAACGAAAAAUUCGAAUUCUAACAAACCAAAAACUCUAUUGGGCUACGAGCUAACUCCAACCCAAAAUGCUCUUGUAAAUUUCUUGCUACCAUCCAUAGGAGCGUGUGUCCUGUAUAAGUUUAUUAUAGCCGUGGACGUGGGUGUUAUUUUUCGACAUUACAAAGACAACGAUCCUAUAUGGGCGUCUUUGACUAUAUUUAUUAUGUACCUUCCUGCAUUGAGCAGCUACGUUAUUAUAAUGUCGGACUGGGACUACUGGCCUGAACCGGAUAAGGGACUCACAAGGAAUAACGUGAAGUGGGCGUUCAGGCAAACAUUGGAACAUUUAUUCUUCCCAUUUUGGAAUAUGUGGAGAUUUGCUGAAAGAAUUUUUUGGUCCAUAGAAGCCAUAAGAAGCAAAGAUGAACAAAGUAUCUCCAAAUUCACAUCAUUAGCCAGCGCUCCCAGAAUUAUUGAGCUGUACGUUUUCCUCCAAUCAUAUUUCCAUUCUUUACCACAAGUGCUUCUACAAUUAUAUAUCCUUAUGCGACAUAAUGCCAACAUUGCCAGAGAGUCAAAAGAAGUCCAGUUCUUUUCAAUCGUAUUAAAUCUUGCUAAGGUGGCAGUCACUACUACCUAUUAUCAGAGAUUUAAAGCUCAGAAGUUAACUGGAGCCCAGUAUCCAUGGUUAAAAAUGAAUAAAAUAAUGAGAUCAAAGAUUACCACGGAACAACAAGAUGUGCUGUUGAGGGACUCGUAUAGAUCCAGAUCAGUUGUUGAAACUAAAAGAAGCAGUAACAUCUCUCGGUUAUACAGGGUAGAACCCGCUACGAUAGCCGCCCGUAGACGAAGUAGCGAUAUUUAUUUGGAACCUAUCGAUGUUGGUGUAGAUGAAGUCGACAAUAGAAGAAAUGUUACUGAGUCUACUGUAGUCAGUGAAACAGAAGUUGAUUAUUCAGGUUUUUCAGAAAGCAGAAUCGUAUCCGUUUCGAGCAGAUCCGAACCAGAUUUCAACAUAUCUCGAAUAAUAUAUGUGAAAGGCCUUCAAGAAGACGACCUGGCCGGCAAAAUCGUAGCCUUUUCUUGGUGGUUCACCUUUCUUUUGGGAAGGAUACUGGCCAUAUCCGUUUUCGCCUAUUUCUACAUGAAGGCUUGCGUGUGGUCAGUAAUCUGCCACGUCAUUGUCAUCAUCGCCAUCCUGGUUUACGAUGUCAAAACUGACAAUAUCAAGAGAGAUAAAGCUCUGUUCUUUAUCUUUCUUGGUUUCGUUUAUAUUUUUUGUAUUAUCGAAUUCAAAAUUAGAUUUAAGAAGGCUUACUUCAUAUAUUACGGAUUUUUUGUUUUGGUUUUUAUGGAGAAUUUUGUUAUGUGCUUGAUAUGGUACUACACUGAGUUGGAAUCGUUAGAAAAUGAUUAUUGGUUUAGGUACGUGUUUUAUAUAACUAUAGCAUGUGGGAUGUUGAGUUUUUCGGCUAUGGUGUUCUAUCUAACCCUUACCAAACCAAAAUCGGUUUCUAUACCAGUUCAGGUAGUUAAUAUAAAUUAAAAAUCAUUGUAACAAAACUAAGUGUAUUAAUGUAUUUUUUCUAUGUUUAUACAGAUAUUUAAAUUAUUAUGUAAAAUUCUAAAAUAUAUAAAGGUGAGUAAAAA